AUGAGCUCCUCUGCCCUCUCCGCUCUUCUCACAGUUCUCAAGGACAGGAUCCUGAAGGGAACCAAGACAAGAUCGCAAAAAGCUGGCCUCUUUGCCCUCUUGUCACUCCUCUUCCUCCUCGCAAAAUACCCGGACCGUGCAAUUGGCACACGCGCCAGGCCCGACCUCAAGGCGUUCUCCUGGAAGGGUCUGCCUCUGAUCGGCAACACUUACACCGUCCUAAAGAACCGCAACCAGUUCCUGGACACCAUUGUAGAGAACUUUGAGAAGUCCGAUAGCAGCGUCAUGUCAACGACAUUGCUGGGAUUGGGCCGAGUCAUUGCUAUCAACGAUCCUGUCUUGUUGGAGCACAUCCUCAAGACCAACUUUGAAAACUAUGAAAAGGGUUAUAUUCUCAACUCGACCAUGUCGCAGGUCCUCGGAAAUGGUAAGGAUGCAGCGCAAAAGGGUGGGAGUUAUGAGAGAGGAGGAUGGAAGACAGCCUCGCACGUCUUUUCGACAAAGAUCUACCGCGCCCUCAUUGACGGACCAUUUACCACACACUCGCUUCAGCUCUGCUCAGUCCUGGAUCGUGCUGCUCAGGAGGGUCGUCCCGUCGAUCUGCAGGCACUGUUCCUUCGACUGACUCUGGAUGCGUUCGCCAUGCUAUCCUUUGGACUGGAGAUCGAUUCGAUGGGCAAGGAUGGCAAUGAUCCCUUCGGAUCCGCCUUCGAUUACGCAGUCGUGGAGACAGACGAGCGUUUCAUGAACCCAUUCUGGAGAGUCACCGAGAAACUGACCAGCAAGUCGAAAAAGAUGAAGCAGGCUGUCAAUAUCAUUGAUUCAUAUGCAUAUGAUGCCAUCAAGAAAAGACGCAAGGAGACACCCGAAGAGGCUCAGGCUCGACAGGGUGAAACUGGACGCGAGGAUCUGCUGGAUUUGUUCAUGAAGUGGAGGGACGACGAUGGUCGCGCGCUGUCGGAUGUUGAGUUGCGUGAUGUCUUUAUCAACUUUAUCAUUGCGGGACGCGAUACGACAGCACAGGCACUCAGCUGGAUGUACUACGAGGUUAUGAUAAAUCCCGCUGUGGAGCAGAACAUCUGGCAGGAAGUCGACCAGCUCGGAAACCAGCCCAGCUACGAAAUGCUGACCAAGGAGAUGCGCUACUCGAACGCCGUUUUUCAUGAGGCCCUUCGUUUGUACCCACCAGUCCCCCGCAACCUGAAAACCGCCGUCGCUGACGAUGUCCUCCCUAACGGAGUCGCCGUUCAUGCUGGUGACCGCAUCAUGUUCUCAACCUAUGCGAUUGGCAGGAACAGGAAUGUUUGGGGGCCCCAGGCACCGGAGUUCUUGCCUGAGCGUUGGUUUGAGGGCAAUACCACCGAGCUGGAGAAGGGAUUGCUGGCCAAUAGGACCUACCCUGAGGGCCGCGUCUGGCCAAAGGUCCUUAAGGAGUCGCAGUUCAAAUUCUCGAGCUUCAACGCGGGACCACGCAUCUGUCUCGGUCAGACGUUCGCGACUCUUGAGGCCUUGACUGUAAUUAACAUGAUUUCGUCCAGAUUUCAGUUCAAGCUGGUCCCAGGACAGAGCCCUCCCGAGCCUGUGCCUUCAUUAACAUUGCCAAUGAAGUGCCCUCUCUUGGUCACUGUCGUCCGCAGACAAAAGUAGACGCACACACACGCGGUUGUUGUACUUAGAAAAUUGAU